AUGUCUGAGAUGUCAUCCAACGGUAACCAGGGCCAGUUGGCAAAGGUCGCUUCCAGUCCCUCCGAGGAGACUUGGAUCUCGACUACUUGGAGAGCCCUUCAAGGCAUCUUUGUCAGUGAUGCCCCGUCUCAAGAGGAGGAUGCCGAUGCUGUUGUGGGAUGGGUGGGUGGACGGAAUGGACGACGAAGAUGUCGAUCAAUUGGGGGACGCCAUGGGGUUGCUGAGCCAGUCGCUGCUUGA